CCCGCUUUAUUGUACUUCUCUCUCCCUCCAAAAUUUCGAAAAUUCCCUGGCUCUCUCUCAGUUAGGGUUAGGGUUUUUAAAUUGUGUUGUUUCUUCCCAAAUUGAAGGGGUUAUGGCUAGGUAUAGGAGUCGUAGCCGUAGCUACAGCCCUCGCCACCGUAGCAGGAGCCCCCGUGUACGUGGCAGGAAGCGUUACGACGAUGAGCCCCGCAGGUCUUACGGCGACCGCCGCUCUCCCGGUCCUUCUGGUUUGCUUGUUCGAAACCUCCCUCUCGACGCCAGGCCGGAGGAUCUUAGGAUUCCGUUUGAGAGAUAUGGUCCGGUGAAGGAUGUGUAUCUUCCAAAAAAUUACUACACUGGGGAGCCACGAGGCUUUGGAUUUGUGAAGUUCCGCUAUGGUGAAGAUGCAACUGAAGCAAAGCAACGGUUGAAUCACACACUCAUUGGUGGACGUGAGAUAAAAAUUGUCUUUGCUGAGGAGAAUAGGAAAACUCCUCAAGAGAUGCGUUUGAGUACCCGUGUGAGUGGUCGACAUGGAGGAAGCCAUAGGAGGACACCACCAAGGUCCCCCAGACGCCGAUAUCGUUCUUACUCCGGCUCACCUUCAGCGAGGCAUGGCUCAAGGGAUCAUCGGGAUAGGGAUGAUUAUCGCUCCCCAAGGCGAUCUAGAUCUGUCUCACGGUCCCCUUCUCCACAUGAUGAGAGGGACUACAGGUCAAACCAGAGGUCCCCAAGUCCAAGGGAGAAUGGUCGGAGUUUUCAUGAUGAGAGGAAUUAUGCACCUAGCCCGUCAAUGAGUCCUAGGGGUAAUGGUCGCAGUCCUUCAAGGUCUCGUUCAUGAUUCUACAGUCCUUGCUGAUAGCUGGUCAAGUUUUGUUUCCUCAAGGUGCUGUUCGUGUAGUUGCUGGUUGAAAGAGUACUCCCAAGUAUUAGUUUAGCUAGAUGAAUGUGUUUAAAACUCUAGGAUUAUUGGUAUAUGACUUA